AAGCCCAAUAACAAAAUGAGAAAGGGCAUUCGUUUUGAACCAGUUGCAUCGAAUGGUAAACCUAGGGAGCGGAGCACCCGAUCACAACCGCGGGAAAUGGAGGACCGACCUGAAGGGCGACAAGCUCAGAGAGACGGUUAUACGGUCAUCUCAGAAACCCUAAUCUCAGAACCACCUCUCGAUCAAUCGUCCACGUCUCCUCAAACCGCAUCCGGUCUUGCUGAGGAUGACCAUGCCGAACCACUACCUGCUCUCAACCAGACUGAGAUCUUCAGAGCCCUCGAGGUCGUCGAGAGAGACUCUGUGGCCAUCGCCGAGAGCUUCACUUCCCUCUUCGCUUCUCUUCGUUUAGCUCUCUCUGAGGUUACUAGUGGCUCUGUGGAUCACAUGCAUUGCUUCAGUGAUGCUGCAGGCCGUCUUCAAGAAUCUGUUCUUGAUGCUGCAACAAAGGGUAAUCGAUACAUUAAUUCAUGUCUCAGAUUAAAUGAGGAGAUGAAGGGCAUCGACAGUCUAGCUAUACAGCUAAAAAUCCUGAGGAGAAACGUAGAUGCUUUAGACACAGCUGUGAACAAGCUUCUCCGUCUUCCAUGAAGGUUGAGGUGCUCAGCUCAUUAGUUAUACAUUACCUUCAUUGUCAUUUCCUUUCAUUCCUUUGUAUUUAUGUACGGAUACUUUUGCUUGGUAUUUGUGAAUAUUAAAACGUUGAAUCGUGAUACUGCGGUGAAUAUGAAAACUCUCAUAAAAGUUUUUGACUUUAGGAUAUAUUGACAAGUCGCCCCAGUCUAUGGAAGACCAACCAGGAGAUGUUUUACCUUUCGGCUGAUUGUUGUAGAAUCCAAAGCAUAUGUGGACUGCUAUUUUUACUUGGGUCAAUCUUUGAAUGGAUUUUCCUGAUUUCCUUUGCCGAAA